AUGGUAGCGUUUCGAAUAGUUUUAUUGUUGUUGGCCGUUUCGGUGAUAGUGGCGAGUUUUUCGAUGGUAUUAGUUGAUGAGCGUGUCUCGUACAGUAAGCAUCUGCAGUUCGUUUCUGGCGUUAAGCCGCUACUCUAUUGGAUCAUCAAUUUCUUGCACGAUGUGGUGCGUUUAAUUCUCGUAUUUGGGUUGUUCUCUAUUGUCUCAAAUUUGUUAUGUACGUGCACAUAA